AAGACCCGCACAAAGGGGACAGAUAUCAGCGCCACACGGUUAGAAAGCUGCACAAGCGAGCGCCGAGAAAGAAGAAAAAGACGUACGGCGCGCGGCUUUGAUAAUCGAUCGGUUAGACUCGAGCCGCUUCGCGUCGCUUCGUACACGCCGUAUCUGUAGGAACGUCGCGGAAUCAGAACCAGUAUGGCCGGAGUACCUCAGCUGUUUUCACGUCACUGCCUACAUAUCUGAGCAACGAGGAAAACGUCUAUCGCCAGCACCGCCGCCGUCGUGACCCCGACGUUGAAUUAAAAACAGUAGGAAAAUGUCGUCGGUAAAGGUGGCGGUGAGGGUACGGCCCUUCAACAAUCGGGAGAUCUCCCGCGAGGCACAAUGCAUCAUCGACAUGUCCGGCAGCACUACUUCGAUACUGAACCCCAAAGCACCGGCGGGCAGCAAAGAUGCAGUCAAAAGCUUCAAUUACGACUACUCCUACUUUUCCAUGGACCCGAACGAUGCCAAUUACUCCUCCCAAAUCAUGGUCUACAAAGACAUUGGCGAGGAGAUGCUGGAACACGCUUUCGAAGGCUACAAUGUCUGCAUAUUCGCGUACGGACAGACCGGUGCCGGCAAAUCUUACACUAUGAUGGGCAAACAAGAAGAAGGUCAAGAGGGUAUAAUCCCUCAAAUUUGCAAGGACCUCUUUAGGAAAAUCAGUCGCAAUUCAAACGAGUCCCUGAAGUACUCGGUGGAAGUCAGUUACAUGGAAAUCUACUGCGAGAGAGUGAGGGAUCUGUUAAACCCCAAAAAUAAAGGAAACCUCCGUGUACGAGAGCAUCCACUUCUUGGUCCGUACGUCGAGGACCUGUCAAAAUUGGCCGUAAUGUCCUAUCAAGAUAUCCACGACCUCAUAGACGAGGGUAACAAAGCAAGAACCGUGGCAGCCACCAACAUGAACGAGACAUCGAGCAGAUCUCACGCUGUAUUCACAAUUUUCUUCACACAACAAAAACAAGACUCCGCGACUGGCUUAGUGACCGAGAAAGUCAGCAAAAUCUCAUUGGUUGAUCUGGCAGGUUCUGAAAGAGCCGAUUCGACUGGUGCGAAGGGUACCCGAUUAAAGGAGGGUGCCAAUAUCAACAAAAGUUUGACCACCCUUGGAAAAGUCAUCAGCGCCCUGGCCGAGAUCGCGGCGACCAAGAAAAAGAAGAAGGCUGACUUCAUCCCUUACAGAGACUCAGUUUUAACGUGGCUGCUGCGAGAAAACUUGGGCGGCAACUCGAAAACAGCGAUGAUCGCGGCAGUAAGCCCCGCGGAUAUCAAUUACGAUGAAACCCUUUCCACUCUAAGAUAUGCGGACAGAGCGAAACAGAUAGUUUGCAAAGCAGUCGUUAACGAGGACGCGAACGCCAAGCUUAUUAGGGAGCUCAAAGAAGAGAUCCAGAAGUUGCGGGAACUCCUCAAGCAAGAGGGUAUUGACGUGCAAGAAGGGCCAGAUGGCAAAGUCACAUAUGAAAAGAAAGAAUCUAGAGACGAAAUCAUCAGAGCGAACAAACGCGAGGACGACGUCAAGGAGAGUCGGUCGAGAAUUCCGUCUCACACCACUUCGACCAUCGCUGAGGAAGCGGUUGAUCAGUUGCAGGCUUCGGAGAAGCUGAUUGCCGAAUUGAACGAAACAUGGGAAGAGAAAUUGAAGCGAACAGAGCUGAUUCGUCUGCAGCGGGAGGCAGUGUUCGCCGAAAUGGGAGUCGCCGUGAAAGAAGAUGGCGUCACCGUUGGUGUCUUCUCCCCGAAGAAAACUCCCCACUUGGUGAACCUGAACGAGGAUCCCCUUAUGUCGGAGUGUUUGAUUUAUUAUAUCAAGGACGGAUUCACGCGUAUCGGUAGCGCUGAAGCCAACAUACCACAAGACAUCCAACUCUGCGGCCCGCAUAUAUUGAGCGAGCACUGUGUCUUCGAGAAUCAUGAUAGCAUCAUUACCCUAAUGCCGAAGAAGGGAGCUUUGAUUUACGUGAAUGGACGAGAGAUCACCGAACCAGUUAUUCUUAAGACCGGAUCUCGCGUUAUCUUAGGGAAGAAUCACGUGUUUAGAUUCAACCACCCCGAACAAGUCCGUGAACGACGGGAGAAAAACUCGCCUGCGGAAACACCUGGUAAUGGAGAAACCGUGGACUGGAAUUUCGCACAGAUUGAGUUGUUGGAGAAGCAAGGAAUUGACCUCAAAGCUGAAAUGGAAAAGAGGCUGUUGGUGCUUGAGGAACAAUUCCGUAAAGAGAAAGAGGAAGCUGAUCAGCUGUUCGAAGAACAGAGAAAGAGUUACGAAGCCCGGAUAGAUGCGUUACAAAGACAAGUGGAGGAGCAGAGUAUGACAAUGUCUAUGUACAGCAGUUACACUCCCGAAGACUUCAACAAUAUUGAGGAGGAUAUCUUCGUCAACCCCUUGUUUGACGCAGAGAGCAACUGGACCGAGAGAGAGUUCCAACUGGCCGCUUGGGCUUUCCGCAAGUGGAAGUAUCAUCAAUUCACAAGUCUUCGAGAUGAUCUCUGGGGCAACGCGAUAUUCCUCAAAGAGGCUAACGCUAUAUCUGUCGAACUCAAAAAGAAGGUGCAAUUCCAGUUCACUUUGCUCACGGAUACUCUUUAUUCGCCGCUCCCUCCGGAUCUCUUGCCAGUCAUGGACGAAGACGAAGAAGAAGAGCGACCGUUCCCUCGCACGAUAGUCGCUGUAGAAGUACAAGAUACAAAGAAUGGAGCGACUCAUUAUUGGACACUCGAUAAACUCAGACAGCGCUUGGAGCUGAUGCGACACGUGUACAACGAGGACUCGAGCCCCAGCACCCCGGAGGCCAAAGAGGAUAUUUUCCAAUGUCUUACCGUCUACUCUAAUCCGAAGUUCUCGCUCGCAAAUCUUUUGCCUUCGAGACAAAGGCUCGAGCUGAUGCGGGAAAUGUAUCACAAUGAAGCGGAACUGUCACCCACGUCUCCAGAUUUCAAUAUCGAAUCCAUCACCGGAGGCGAUCCGUUCUAUGAUCGUUUCCCAUGGUUCCGAAUGGUUGGAAGGUCCUUCGUAUAUCUGAGCAAUCUUAUGUAUCCUGUGCCACUGAUUCACAAAGUAGCGAUAGUUAACGAGAAAGGCGACGUCAAAGGCUACCUACGUGUGGCCGUCCAAGCUGUAGUUGAAGAGGAAAACAGCGAAUACUCGAGUGGCGUUAGACAGUCAGCUAGAAUAUCCUUCGAAGACGAUCUGUUCGGUGGACAUAAUAACAACAAACAAAACAAACGCAAUACUCUGCUAACUCAAACAUUGGAGAAGAACCGACAAAUCGUGUUGCACGAGGAACGCGUCGUCGAGGGUCACAACGAGCAAAAGGACGUGAAAGAUGAGGAUGAUAUCGGCGACGCCGACAGUGGCAAAGGGGACAGUUCUGUUUCCAGCGACAUGAAGGAAGAAGAUUUACCUGACCAUUUACAACCUGGCUCUGAAUUUACAUUCAGGGUAACUGUACUGCAGGCGAUAGGCAUCUCUACGGAAUAUGCUGACAUCUUCUGUCAAUUCAAUUUCUUGCAUCGACACGAUGAAGCCUUCUCGACGGAACCAGUGAAGAAUACAGGAAAGGGAAAUUCGCCUGGCUUUUAUCACGUGCAGAAUAUCACUGUGACGGUAACGAAAUCAUUCUUGGAGUACCUUAAGACCCAGCCAAUCGUGUUCGAGGUAUUUGGACAUUACCAACAGCAUCCUUUGCAUAAAGAUGCCAAAUUGGAGUACAUUCAUCCCAACAGCGUAAGACAGCCACCGAAGAGGAUGUUACCGCCGUCUAUACCGAUCAGUCAACCGGUACGCUCGCCAAAGUUUGGAAGUGUGCUGCCAUCGCCUAGCACGUCUCACGUGCACGCUAAAUACGACGUGUUGGUUUGGUUCGAGAUUUGCGAACUCGCGCCGAACGGCGAGUACGUGCCAUCGGUCGUUGACCAUAGCGACGAUUUGCCGUGUCGUGGACUUUUCCUUCUUCACCAGGGAAUCCAGCGUCGCAUCCGAAUCACUAUUGUUCAUGAGCCGGCAUCUGAAUUACGUUGGAAAGAUAUAAGGGAGUUGGUAGUCGGACGCAUUAGAAACACACCGCAGCCAGAGGAGGAAGAUAACGAUUCCUCUGUGCUCUCGUUGGGUCUAUUCCCUGGCGAAUAUUUAGAAGUACCUGGGGACGACAGAUGCAUGUUCAGAUUUGAGGCAGCUUGGGACAGCUCUCUUCAUAAUUCAGCUUUGCUUAAUAGAGUCACAGCCUACGGCGAACAAAUCUUCAUGACCAUUUCCGCAUACCUUGAAUUGGAGAAUUGUGGCAGACCAGCUAUUAUCACUAAAGAUCUGAGUAUGAUCAUUUAUGGUAGAGAUGCCAGGGUAGGACCACGAUCUUUGAAGCAUUUGUUCAGUGGAAGUUAUCGUAAUCAGGAGGCUAAUAGGCUUAGCGGUGUCUACGAAUUGGUGUUGCGUCGUUCUUCGGAAGCAGGUAGCCCAGGCGUGCAAAGGCGUCAACGACGCGUGCUGGACACCAGCUCUACGUAUGUCAGAGGAGAAGAGAAUCUUCAUGGAUGGAGACCUCGAGGAGAUAGUCUAAUAUUUGAUCACCAAUGGGAAUUGGAGAAAUUAACCAGAUUAGAAGAAGUGGAGAGGGUUAGAUACAUGUUGCUAUUAUGGGACAAGCUUUGCAUUGACACUGCUCCGUUCUGCAAUAAAACGCCGCACGAUUUCACAAAAGGCGAGAAGGAAGUUUGUAACAUGAUGGCGAAAGCGACGAACGAACCACAUGCUAGCCCUGUGAAACUUAAACGUUCAACAAGUAAAGAUGUUAACGAACACUACGAAAUGACCGAAAAAGAGAAAGAAUUAGCCUUGAAAUAUAUAAAACUAAUUCAAGGUCGAAUCCCAAGUAAAGAACCUAUUCUACUCUCUGACGUUUCACCUGGCGAAGACACUAUGGCUGAUAUGUCGGCAUCCAUGAUGUCUUCCGUGAUAUCGUCCUCGUCCCAAGAGUCAGUAUACGCGAGAACUAGUGAUUUCUUAGAGCAGGCUGCUGGUAUAAUUGUGUGGAGCAGGACUAAGUCGUGCAUCCUUAGGUUGAGUUCACCGGAGAGGGCUAGACUACAAGAACUGCAGGACAGCAUAUUGGCAAGCGAGUCUACCAAUCAGCCAUGCACUGUCGCUCCAGCGCCCUUAGGUUCCUCCUCCCCUUCAAAAGAGAAUUUAGUACUCUACGUUCCGGAAGUUGAAGAAAUACGCAUUAGUCCGGUUAUCGCUAGGAAGGGUUACUUAAACGUUCUUGAGCAUAAAACUAAUGGCUGGAAAAAACGUUGGGUGGCUGUACGACGGCCAUAUGUUCUAAUCUUCCGGGAAGAAAAGGAUCCUGUGGAAAGGGCUCUCAUCAAUUUAGCUACCGCUCAAGUUGAAUAUUCCGAAGAUCAAUUAGCUAUGGUGAAAGUACCAAAUACUUUCAGUGUUGUUACAAAACAUCGAGGAUACUUACUACAAACUUUAGGAGACAAAGAAGUCUACGACUGGUUAUACGCUAUUAACCCCCUUCUCGCUGGCCAAAUCAGGUCAAAGCUAGCGCGCAAGGGUCCGGCAGCCGCAAAUCUAAAUAAUGCUUCGCCUGUCGGUUUAGCUCCACCGAUAGAUCAGCAAUCGAACCAAAACAAGUGAGUGGUCGAAACGUUGGCCGAGGUAACAAGCGUCAUCACGAAAGCCUCCGAGAAGAUGCUGUACUGGUCUCACUCGGCCUUCGAGUCCCAUGAUCUCUGUAGCUUUCGAUUUUCGGUAGUCUUCGAUUAUUAAAGUGGCUCGGAAAAGCAUAUCGAUCGGCUACCAGCUUCGACAGCCGCCGAAUAAUGUCCCCGCGUCUGAUUUAACGAUCGUUAGCCCCCUUCACGGCUGAUGAUCGUAUAGAAAAGACGUGGGAGGGAAAAAUCACUAACUAUAAACGAAAGGUAAUUUUUGUCUUUCGAAAGAAAUGUUACACGCGUUCGAAUUGUAUUUAAAGACAGAAUUAUUGUUUUGAAAUCGCGAGCUGCCACGCACAGAUCUCUCCGUUCGUUUCGUGGAACAAGAUCGAAACGCUGUUAACGUUUGAGGGGACACUAUGUGUGCGGCGCGAGCCCGCGAGCCUUCUCGUAUUUGAAUUUCUCGAUAUUAGUCGGUCAUACAAAGCGAUUCUCUUUAAGCACGGAACCGCAUAGAACGAAGAGGAACGUAUUUAUGCCUAAAUAAAACAUUCCUAAGACGAUCAUAGAAAAGAGGCAAGAGAUAUACACAGAUUGUAGGUAUACUCAUAAGAGAUGUGUGCAAGGGGUUAGCAAGAAAGAGGGAAAGAAAGGGAGAUAGACGAAGGGACGAAGUAGUGAGAUUACGAAUUUCUGCGUGUUCAUGUCUGGAGAUUAUACACCGAGAAAGGGUGCGGAUUAUUUCGUACGGAUUGAGUCGGUGAGCGUUGAAUAAUAGAUAGUGUAUUCGUUUACGAAUUAAGUUCGCGAUUGUGACCGUCAUCGAAAUGAUCCUUUAACACCCCCCACUCUGCCUUGUUUCGCGUCCUGAUAAGUUUUAAGCCUCGGAUAACGAAGAGUCGAUGGAAAGAUUCACUUCUUCUUUCUUUUUUUAUCGUGUAUACCGGGUCGAAUUAAAUAAUAUUUAAAAUUUUUGUUUAUGUUCAACUCAGUAUUCUUUGAGUGAUUUCAAGUGUACAGUGAAGCUUCCGCGUUUUCUUCUUUCCCCCUUAUCGACAUGAUUGCGUUAAGUUCCGUGUAGAGUACAUUAUUAUCUGAACAGUAAUUACCUGUCUUAAUGUCGAAGAUCGAAGAAUUUUAAUGAUAAAAAUUCCGAGGCAGAUUAUUUUCUCGGUCGUUUAUAAGCGAUGGUGUAUACCAAAGUACGCUACGCUCCUGUUGCCGUUUUUGCUUGCUAACUGUUGUAGAAUCUGAUAGUUUUAUUUUGUUAACUAUGACAUACCUAUUGAUGAACGAGAGACCAUAAUCGAAUAAGUUGUAUGCACUCGACGCUUAACCCUUUGAAGCAAGAAUCUAGGUGAAGUAAAUUGAUAGGAUCAUCGAUAAUUAUUUGUUGCCUUUCAGCGUGUAAAUUUUUCAUUUUUAAUAUAUGUAUCAUCGUUCGAAUUAGAAAGUAUUAUAAUAUUCGCGUUUACGUUGUAUUUUUUGUAAAAAAAAAAUAUAGUCACAUUUCCACAUGUAAUUGUGGUCUUCGCUAUUGAGGACAUUAUUACAGCAUAGUUGAUUAUUUAUACUUGUAAAUUGAAUGUAUCUACGUCAUACAAUUACUUUAUAUUACAAGAUAUAGCUACGAUCAUAAAUUAUUCCGUAUGUGAUAUUUAAAUGUAUUAUUUUACAUUACUUUAUUUAACAUAUUGUUGAUCGAUCACGAGUAUACUCGUGUUUUCAUGCACAAAAUCUUGUUGACCGGCCACGAGUAUACUCGUAAGUACAUGCACAUGCAUCUAUUGAAAAGUAUAUGCAUUUAUUAAAGUACAAAAUUGUACAAGUUGUCGUCACAGUAUUAUUUAUUUUGUUGGGUAGUCUUUCUUUAAUUUCUUUUUUUUCUAUUCAAUUGUAAAAAUAGUUGGUCACGCGUGUUGAUUUUUACGUAAACUUAGUCGAUCAGCAAUAUGUUUGUAUAAUUUAUUUAAAUAACUUUUAUAAAAACCAAAGAGAUUCAAAUGUAUUAGUUUAACUUAUUUUAUCAUUGUCUUUAUUCACAAAUGAUGAUUAUUCGUUAAUAGAAGCUCUCUGAAUAGGGAAGAUAAUGUUUGAUUAUAUGAAUAAGUGAUGGAUCAUCUUACUGUGAAGAGAUUAACUAUCAAUUUAUCAAAGUUUGUUACAAAACAACUUGGGAAAUAUGAUUAUAAACAACUUACCAACUUCAUUUGACUAAGAGACAAAAUAAAAUUUACUCUGAAAAUUG